CAAUAUCAGUGUCUGCUACAAGAUAAACGAGUUCAAGAUAGCUAGUGAAGUUCAGAAACGACGAGACGCCUGAAGUAUUGUAACCCGUUGACAUUGUGGAACUAGAUCGGAUCUCAAACUAACAAAUUUGACACAGAUGAUUAAGUCAGCGUUUUUGGUUGCUUUUCUGGUGUUUGCCGGCCCAUGCGUCAUUGCCGACAAAAAGAUUGUCUGCUAUUUCGGUAGCUGGGCCGCGUACCGUCCUGGCAGGGGAAAAUUCGAGGUGAAUGAUAUCGAUCCAAUGCUAUGCACCCACAUGGUCUACACCUUUGUCGGUAUCAUUACCGAUGGUAAUGUCAAUGUGUUAGACAGUUGGAUGGAUUUACCUAAUGGCAAGGAUGGUUUUGGGAAAUUUACCAGACUCCGUGAGUCAAGUCCAGGCACCAAGGCUAUGGUUGCGAUAGGUGGCUGGAACGAAGGAUCCGUCAAGUACUCUCAGGUCGCUGGUAACCCUGCUACGCGUGCUACAUUUGUCAAGAACGUAGUCGCCUUUCUGAAGAAAUAUAACUUUGAUGGUUUCGACGUCGAUUGGGAAUAUCCAAACCAACGCGGCGGUAAACCGUCUGACAAGGAAAAUUACGUUGCUUUGUUGAAAGAACUGAGAGAAGAGUUUGAUAAACAUGGCUUCAUUCUGAGUAUCGCAGUUGCCGCUGCCGAGGGGUCGGCUUCUAAAUCGUAUCAUAUUUCACAAAUAUCGAAAUACGUUCACUUUAUUAACUUGAUGGCGUACGACUUCAACGGAUCAUGGAAUAGAUUCACGGGAAUGAAUGCACCGUUGUAUCCUUCUGCAAGAGACACUGGGGAUCAAGCCAAGCUGAACGUGGAUGCGGCUGUCCAUUACUGGCUCUCGCAAGGUGCAUCCACUGACAAGAUUAUUCUUGGUAUUCCCACGUACGGGAGAUCUUUCACUUUAGUGAAUCCCAGUAAUACCGACGUAGGUGCUCCGGCUAAUGGUCCAGGAACUGCUGGUCCCUAUACAAGAGAAGCAGGAAUGCUUGGUUACAAUGAAAUCUGCGAAUAUCUUCGUCAAGGUUGGUCCGUUAAACGUAGCAAGGAACACGGCGUACCUUACGCUUUUAAAGGCAACCAAUGGGUCGGAUACGACGAUGUUACGUCUGUUCGAGAGAAGGCCAAUUACAUUAACUCUAAAGGUCUUGGAGGUGCCAUGCUAUGGAGCGUCGAAACCGACGACUUCAGCGGUAGUUGUGGUGACAACUAUCCUCUUUUGUCUGCUCUAAACAUUGUAUUGAGGGGGGUGACUCCAGCUCCGGCUCCACCAAACCGCCCGAAACCGGAUGUAACUCUACCACCACCAUCGAGUUCUCUAUGUAAACAGGAAGGCUUUGUUAGAGAUCCGAAGGACUGUUCGACGUUUUAUCAAUGCCAAUUAGUAAACAAUGAAUACGUGGCACAUAAAUUCCGUUGUGGUGCUGGACUCGUUUUUGAUCCAUCGAUCGUUGCUUGUAAUUACAAGUACCUUGUUUCAGGUUGCUGAAUCCGCAGGAAUUAAUGAAACCUAUUAAAAAUAAGUUUUAAUUAAAUUAAAACAGAACAUAUUGUUAAUAUGUUUUUUUGCAUA